AAGUGUUCACCGUUUACUGGUAUCUGGCAAGAACCAGACAUGUCUCAAUGUUACAAUGCAGAACAGAGCAAAGGCAUUGAUGAUGGCUGGACCAAAUCCUUCGCAUUUCGUUUGAUUUUAAAAUCUUUCAACGAAUAUAAAAAACCUGCUGAGAACAUAUCAAGAGCCAUGGAGCAUGAGUUUUUAACCGUGACUGGAAAAUUCCGAGUUGAAUAUCCUGGUGUUCAAAGUCAACCGCGGCGCAAUAUCUCCCAAGUUUUGAACAAAUUCCAGGCAUUGCUCAACAUGAAUUUGCUUGAUGAAAGUUCAAGUACUGGUAAUGGAACAGAGGAUAGAACAGCAGAAACAAACUUUUGAGUGAAAAUCGAAAAAGAGCCUCCAAGAAUCGUCUUUGAUGAUAUUUUAUGCUAUAAAACGAUAUUUUCUGCAUAUAUAAUACAAAA